UAGCUCGACACGCACAAGUACCGCCCACUUGUUUACCACGAUUGACGAAUCUUGAAACGUUUGCAUCGCUUAACUCGCCACCGGGUCUUCGUCCACUGACCUCCCUACGCUCGUUUUCCCCUUCCGAGGCAUGAUGCGAAAGGCCAAUUGAAGCGACCAUGGUUCGCGUCACCGAAGAACUGGCUCUUUCGCCAGACCAACUCGCUCUCUACCAAGCCACCGACCCUUUGCUUGGCCACUUGCCCUUAUUAAUCCUUCACGGACCGUCCACAACUGCGAAUUACACAUUGAAUAGCUCGAGAGUGCAGGUUCACGUCUAUACUCCAGCAGGCUUCCAAUCUUUUCCACGACUCACAAUCUCACCGAAUUCGCCCUUUUAUAAUGUCGUUAACUACCUGCCCCGCGAGUUUCAGGGCGACGAGGUAUACCGAGCGUUGGCUUUCGGCUUAUUCAAGUAUUUCCACGAACUCCCAGAGCACGUUAAAACGCAUGUUAGAUUGCAAUACCCCUCUAUGAGAAGCCGUCGACCGGGUUCGGCCCCGAUGCUAUUCAGUGAACAGCAUGCUGCCGAUAUCGCCAAGUCAAUGGUCAAGGCAGACAGCACACUAGAAAUCAUCCAAAAGCUCCAGACUGCUCUUCAGACACAGCAUAUAAAUAAUGUCGAUAUCGAUCUUGUCUUACCUCCUGGCUCCAUUAUUCCACUACAACCUGCAGACUUCGAGGAUGUGCCCGAAGAUGAAGACGAUAUCUUAGAUCCAACAUUGCGACAAUAUGGCAUGUAUACGCCUCUCGUCAAACUCUUCGGCGAGCCCGUAUUCUUGCCAACGUCAAGAUUGCGACGAGCUCCUUCCAAACCGAGCGCGCUGAAUCGAACCAAAUCAUUUUCAAAGGACCAAAAGGCCGAAUUACGACGAAAAAUGACUGAAUUGCUAGAUACCGAGGAACGCUACGUAAUGAAGGUGGAUGAAUUGGUGAAUCAACUUGCUCCUGAGUAUAGGCAAAAAGCCAAGGAACGACAGCCGGACAGCUUCAGCCCUUCGGAAGAGGAUGUGGAGAAGCUAUUCCCUAGGUCGGCCGAUGAGAUCCUACAAUUGAAUUCAGGUUUCCUGCAAGCACUACGACAAGUGAUGGAAGAGACCGAAGGAGAUGCUCUCAAGGAUAUGGAAUCCGGUUCCGCAUCCUCGAGGGUGGGUGUUUCGGGAAGUUUGGUUGGAAGGACAAAAGACGCGAGCGGAGCUGUGGCGAUGGCAAAGGUCAUGCUGGAAUGGUUUCCAAAAUUUACGGACUGUUAUCAGGACUAUAUUCGAGCGAGUCAGAACUUUGCCCAACUCAUCACCUCCUUCAUUAGCCAACAAUCUAGCUUUUCGCAAAGAUUACCCCUUGCCGGAGAACAAUAUCUUCGUUCUACUGUCAUCGAGCCUGUGCAGCGACUACCACGGUAUAGUCUAGUGAUCGAUCAAAUUGUUAGCUGUCUACCUAUUACUCACCCCGCCCUUCAACCUAUGUUGAAAGCCAGGGAUAUCAUUGCCAAUAUCUGCUCUAUGGACGACCCACUCACUGACAAGCCUCACGUCAAUACACGCCUGCGAAACAUGGUUGAGAGUUGGCCUAGUGAUCUUGAGCCUCAUGGGCGACUGAUUGUCGCUGCUGACUUCUGCGAGAUAUCCGCUCCGUACCAAAUUGGUACGGCAGCAGAACCACUCCAAAGCGACCAAGCAGGCAUCUUUCUGCUUUUCUCGGAUUGUGUCGUUAUUGUCAGAAGAGCUUAUGGCGCAAAUACGACAGCACGCGACUUACUGCGUGAAAUAGACAAGCCAUCGCCGGCGGGUCUUUUGGCUUCUAUGACGAAUGCGGCCGGUGGGCCAGGUUCCUAUGAACUGGCGUUCGCCGGUUGGCAUACUUUGGCCGAUGUUCGUUUCACAGAAUCUUCUGACGGACGCAUGGUGUGGAUGACUUCGUCCAAUGAAAUGAAAGGUGCUCAUGCAGGGGAUUUCGUCACAAGCACAGCACCCACAUCCCGUUGCUUCGUAUUACAAGAGUCGUACGAAGGAAAAGCUGCAAGAUGGAACGAGGAUGUCGUGAAGGCUAGAGUGGAAGGCAGGUUCGCGGAGAAAGAACGUGAAGAUCCUUGCUGGACUUUACGAUCUGUAAAGAUGCCCGAUACUGGGUUGGGACUAUUCGUUGCCGUCUUCCAGGAAGGUCUCGAUCAAUUAAUAGAAGGCCGAAAAGAGCCGGCACCGAUUCGUAUCGUUGUGGACCAAGAAAGGGGCACCAAGGGAGCGCCCGUUGGUCACUAUGGUGUGGAGAUAUGUUCUGAAGUACAAACUGGGACUAUGAAGAAGGUGGUUGUGGUUACAUUGGGACUUCAUGGAAAGAAAGCAACUGACGAGAUAGCGCUGGAAGAUUUUCUUCCAACGCUCGCUAGGAGGGUAAUCCAACUUCUCAGUAGCCAGUUUAAUGCUGCUAAUCCUGGACUCACAUCUGCGAUGGUAUCGUUCCACACGAAAAUACUUCGAGGCUUAAGCGUAUCGAAUAGGGCCGAGAAAACAAGAUCAUUCUUAGCUACGUCACCGGUGAAAUAUCUUUCGAGUUUCCUCAGCGGAAGCACUUCAGACUUAGGUAGCAGCUCUAAACAUCAACGUACCUUAACAGGAGACGCCCCGGUUCUUCUUCCCGGCCAACUUAGCCGUUCUAACAGCUCAAGAGAUGCGAACUCAUUAUAUGGUUCGGCUAAGAGUAGGGAUGGCAUUCGGAUUGGCGGUGCUGAUGAUGACCGACCGGAAAACCCGCUAGUUCGUCUUGAACAGACAUUCACGGGCUACAUGGCUAGUCUCCAGGCUCGUAAAGGCAGCUUCGUCGGUCGAACCUUGCUCAACAGGUCUGCUGUUGACGAACUCUCUGUGAAUGAUCUCUACAACAAGCUCAUUGAGAGCCCGUUCGAUAUAGAAGCUUCAUCUAGCCUUACAUCCGAUAUCAUCUUCGUUGCAUUCGAGAAAUUUGUGAGCAUCGCUUGGAGAGAACAGAUGGGCCCUAUAAUGACACCGAAAGCAUUAGAUGCCCUUCAAGAAAGAGCUUCCAAGAAAUUGCCUGGCGAUUUUGCUGAUUUCGUCCAUUUUCUUUUCAUGGAUAUGGCCCCACAAAAUCGAAGGGCGUUUACAGCUCUCAUCAAGCUCCUAGCCGAUCUCCUUGAUGGCUGUGGGAAUGACAGCGAUAGAGGUGCUCUUACUCUAGCAUUUGCUGAACUCCUGGUUGAUGGCGGAACUGCGCAUAAUUAUAUCAAUCUCCUUGAUAGGCUCGUCGAAGAUUGUGAUCGUAUUUUCGAUGAUGGAGGGGGUAGUUUCAACGCAAGCGUUAGCAAUCUCGUACCCGCCUUCGAAUCAAUGAACUCUACUACUCGUAGUUUGAAGUCGCAUACCGGAUCAUUGACUUCGAAUACGUCUUCGUUGCGAAGGAAAUUCGGGUUUGAUAAUUUUCUGGUGCGACAAAAUAGUAAGAAUGAGGGAGACAACCGACCCUCAGUGUGGCGCAGUUUAAGCAAACAUGGCAGGCAUCCAGCAACGGGCGAGACUUUAACCCCAGUCAGAAGCCCCGUGGCCAGGACAAAAUCCGUUGAUGUUGGUGUUCCAUCCGGACCGAACAAAUUAAGACGGCCUGGAUCACGCGAUAGACCCCCCAUUGCCGGUGCUUUCGACGACAAUCUGUCACGUCCUACUAGUUCACACAAACUCGAGACGAUUGGGGAGCCCGAAGCCGAGGAGGCUAUUCCCAAAGCUCCAAGGAGGAAACGCCGAAGUUCCUUGUCAGACCUAAAGAGCCUUAUGGCGGCGGCGAGCCUUGAGGACGAAGAACCAUUACAACCUCUUUCUCAUAUGAAGCAGACAUCCGAGAAGUUUAACUCCGGACCACGCAUUCCAUCGCCAUCUAGAAUCCCAACUAGCCCAACAUCACAAAACGCCGCUUCUAACUCGACUCUCCGUUUAUCCCGACAAAAAGAAAAUGUCGACGACCAAUCACAAACACAGGCACAACCGCAAACACGAACACACUCACAGUCUAUUUCUUCGCCGAGCGAGUCAAUUAGGAAGGGCCAAGUGCAGGGUCAUACUAAGAUGUUAUCAACGUCCAAUAUUCCCACUUUGAAAGCUCCCCGUGAUGUUGGGACGCCGGGAACUGAUUCCACCUCUAGACCUACUUCUAGCCCCACCAAGUCGCCAACUAAGCUCCGACUACAGUCGACACAAAAACUUCGCGAGCGUUUGCAAACUGAGAAAAAUUCCAUCGACGAGGUUGAUGUCAACCUCAAGUCGGAACUUUCCAAAAUCACUGCAGAUAUGGCCAGGGUUAACUCUUCACUACCACGCAGUACGAGUGUUGAUAUGAGAAAACUCGCUUCUGGCUUGAAAGCGCUUGAGGAACGUCUUCCUAUGCUUAUCUCUCAAGCAUCGGAGCGGCAGGAACAGCUCCAACGAGAUUUUGAUAAUUCGGUGAAGGCGAGCGAGGCUAAAGUGAAGGCUAUUGACCAACUAUAUAAAGAAACCCAGGCGGAGAACGAGAUACUAUACGAGAAAUUCAAUAGCGAAUUAGGAAAGAUCGUUAAGGCCCUCAAGGGGAAGGGCCGUGACGAUAAGGAAGAAUUAAUGACCCGGAUGAGGGAUUGUAGCGAGGAGACAGCUCGCGUUAAGAGAGAAAAUGCCCGUCUCCGACGAGAGAUGGUGAGCUUACGAGCCCUGGUAAAGGGCAAUACUACUAAUGCCGGUGACGACUAGAGGGACGUCAUUUACGAAACGAUUUCAUUGGGACGACUGGUGUUUUGGCUGCUGCUCAGGAAGGUCACGACGAGAUU